AUGAAGAAGACUUUCGUCACUCAAAGGACGGUGUUCAUGAGCCAAGUCUUGGAAGUCAAGCGCACCGAAAUCUACAAGACGGCUUGCGGUGGAAGUAGACUACCAGAGGAUGAGGAGACCUGGGAUCCCUCCGAUAGUACGAGUGGGAACAUGUCUUUCCUUUCUUUUUUCGUCGGACGGAUAAAGAAGGGCCUCGAGAAGAUACCACACGAAGGGCGAGAUACAGCGAAGAAAUGCUACCGAACGCUCUCUGGGGUUAUGUCCUCGCACCCGGAGAAAUAUCCUAAGUGGAGUUUACCAAAGAAUUUGACCAAUGCAUUGCAGGAUGCGACGAACUUCUUGGAGACUGUCUCCACCCAACUUCAGGAAGAAAAGGUGGAUAUAGUCGCCCUCCAACACAAGCACACAAUUUUGAUGGACCAUACCAUGGAACUCUCUUCGACGACCUUCACGAGACUUGUCAAGCAAGUUAAUUCUGUUCGCAGGCCAUACCUCCGGGAGUCCCUUCAAUUGGUUAUGGCCUGUCGCCUCCUGUGGCACCAAAAGACUUCCAGUCAAGAUGACCUUGCGGCGAUCAAAGAGACGUUCGACGAGACAUUCGCCACUCUCGAAUCCGCCGCAACUGUCACUUUAGACCGCCUGGAAAUCCUCGCGCACGACGUGGAAACUUCCGAAGUAAGGCGCUCGCUCGACCGCGCCCGGAACAAGAUUAGGGAUUGUUUUGGGACAUUGCGGCUCCAGAAUUGGGCGGAAUCCGAGGCAGAUAUUGUGAAAGGGUUGAAAGCAGACAGAACCCGCAUGACUGAAUUCAAGACGUUCCUCGAGAAGAUUAGUCACCAAGUCAGCCCAGAAGCCAACGCUGGGGAGCUUAUCCAAGUGACUGUGGACGUAUACCUCAAGGACAGUCCUCUCGGAAAGCGAACAAUGUCCGUCAAGCCCAAUGCUCGAUUGUUCUCCAUCGUGUGGGAGAUCACCGAAGAAAUCAAAGCCUCCGGCAGGGCCAAAUAUGCUGAAUCUCACAACGUUAAUCUCCACGAUCGGGACAGUGAACUCUCCGCGGAUAGACUGGUUAGCUCCUUGCCUGUGCAUACGGAUGAGAAACGCUACCUCAAGGUUUCCUUGGACGCAAACGUUUGA